AUGCCGUCCAAGGUCUUUGUCGUCUUCGGUGCUACUGGCCAACAAGGAGGAGCUGUUGUCAAGCUGCUAACCAGCGAUCCCGUCCUGAGCCAAGAAUACUCCGUUCGAGCCGUUGUCAGGGACCCGUCCAAGCCUGCCGCCGUGGCCCUCAAGAACUUACCAGGCUGUGAGAUCGUCCAAGCAGAUCUUGACGACAAGGUUUCAUUGUAUCGGGCAUUUGAAGGCGCACACUCGGCUUUCCUGGUCACUAACAGCAUCUUUGAUGAACAUCUCUACGAACGAGAGUACGCCCAAGGCCAAGCCGCAGCGGAUGUAGCCGUCGAGGCAGGCCUGAAGUACCUGAUAUUCAGCACUCUUCCAUCAGUACGCAAACUUUCUUCCAAUCGCUAUACAAAGGUCUGGCAAUUCGACGUCAAGUACGAGAUUGAGCAGUACAUCCGGGGCCUCCCCAUCUCGAGCGCUUUCAUCGCCAUGGGCUGCUUUAUGCAAAACCUGACGAAUGCGUUGAAGCCAAGGCCAGUGGGCGACGGGACGCUUGAAAUUGCUACGAGUAUGCCGCCAGACACGAAACUGCUCAUGAUCGAUGCAACUGAUAUCUCGGUUUUUGUUGCUGCUAUCCUGCGAGAGCCGGACGCUUGUCAGGGGAAGAUAAUUCACGCAGCAGCAGAGCUAAGGAGUCUUGAUGAGUUGGCUCAAACGGUUAGCCUGGCGACGGGCAAGACUACGAGGUACCGACAGCUCCCAGCGACGGCCUUCAGGACGUUUAUGGAAGAUAUGAAUCCGACUUUUGCGGAAGACUCGAUGGAAAUGCUUGGGUACUACCAAGAGUUUGGAUGCUUUGGUCCAAAUAUGGAAGAGUUAGUACAACCUUCGAUAGAUCGGGAGUAUGGUGCUUUGAGAAGUGUGCAAGAGUAUGUGAAGGAACUUGACUUCUAG